AUGUCUCUGGUACUGGUGCUCUUGGUACUGGUGCUCGCGGUCGCCCGAUCGCAUGCCGCCUCGGGCUUGGACAACAUCAAGCACGUGGUGGUGCUGGUGCAAGAGAACCUGUCAUUCGACCAUUUCUUCGGCGGACUCACAUACGAUCGCAAGAUUAACGGAGUCGUGAACCGUCCCUUCUGCAACCCGGUCAAUAUCUCGCUGACUGAGUCCCCCAAAGUAUGCGCCGAUAGCACAGCGCAAAACAUUGCCUCCGAAGACCCCAACCACAGUAUCGCCGGAGGAAACAUGCAGAUUUUUGGGACCUACCACCCCCUCGUGGGCGCCAAACCUGCGAUGGAGGGAUUCAUCACCGAACAGCGAGCCUCCUAUGAACAGGACAAUGCGACCCGCGCAGCAGAGGUCAUCAACUACUUUACCCCCGACCAUAUCCCCGUGUUCAACGCGAUUGCCGAGAACUUCGUGCUGUUCGACCGCUGGUUCGCUGCUGUCCCGGGGCCUACAAAUCCCAACCGCGCAUACUUGACCUCCGGCACCUCCUACGGCCACGGGAUGAACGAUGACGCAUUCAAUCAAUCGGGUCUCCCGCAGAAAUCCAUAUUUGAACAACUGUCGGAGAAGGGAGUUACCUGGAUCAACUAUGAAAACUCGACCAGAUCAGACCCCGCAUUCCUACCGGAUGCCUUGUUUUACAAGUGGACAGCCAAGUCUGACAAUGGCAGGUCCAGAAUUCGACCCAUCGAACGCUUCUACACAGAUGCACAGAAUGGGAACUUGCCACAGUUCUCCUGGAUCAACCCGGAGUGUUGCAACUACAUGUCGAUGCAUCCGCCGUCUCCCAUCAAUAUGGGAGAGACCUUUGUGAAGAGCAUUUACGAGGCCAUCCGAAAUUCUCCACAAUGGAAUGAAACACUGUUCAUCUUGACAUUCGAUGAGCAUGGAGGUUUUGCCGACCACGUCUCUCCCCCGGCGAAUGUGCCGCCGGGGGAUAGUUUGACAUAUACCGAGGUGGCACGCGACGGACGUCCAUACACAUUUCACUUCAACCGUCUGGGGGUUCGCGUACCUACGAUGCUGAUUUCGCCUUGGGUUGACAAGGGUCUGGUUCAAAGCCAGCCUUCAGAUGAAGAGGCGGAGUUUACCCAUACUUCCAUCCUCAAAUUUCUCUCUGAACUAUGGGAGCUUGACACCCUCACCCCGCGGGUCGACUGGUCACCGUCAUUUCGGAACCUGAUUCGGACCCAAUUUCGCGAAGAUACACCGGAGAAAUUGCCGGAUGCUGCAGAUUUCUGA